AGGCGGCGCUCGUCGGGCCGCGGCGGAGGCGGACGGCGGUGCUCGUCGGGGCCGCGAUGGAGGCGGGCUGGCCGGAGGCGGCGCCGACGCUGUGGAUGCCCGCGGCGUGACACGCGAUGGGGAUGGAUCGGAGGCGGAGGCGGCGCGAUGGAUGGGGUUGACGGCCACGUGAGGACUGAGUGGUAGUGGUGGCUUUUAGAGUUUAGCAAUUUAGUGGGCUUAUUGGGCCUCCUAGGUCUAUUGGGCCACAAUUCGGUUUUCUCGGUUAAUUCGGUUAACCAAAAACAAUAACCGAAUUGCCCGAAAAAAAUUCGGUCUUUCCAUAGCUGAGACCGAAUUACUAACCGAAUUUCUCGGUCUCGGUCUUUUCGGUUUCGGUCUCGGUCUUUUCGGUUCGGUUCUUCGGUUCGGUCUUAUUCUGGCCACCCCUAGAGGUAGGAACGUAGCUGAAGUCAUGAACCGCCCAAAGACUCUGUUUCUUGUAUCCUUCUAUAAAACUCAAAGGCAGAGAGAGAGAGAGAGAGAGAGAGAGAGAGAGAGAAUGGACUACAGCAAGCAAGGCUCAUGGGACUCGUAUUCAUCACAAGUGCACAACUUGUAUCCAUACCCUCAGCCAAGGGUGUAUCCACCACCACCGGUUUCAGAGGGCUAUGGCUACCAGACCUACUUUGGUGAAGAUAACCAAGAAGCUUCUUGUGGCUGGUCACAACAACAACCAUCUGCACCAUCAGAUGGGCCUUACAACUAUGGCUACAAUGAAGAUCCAGACUGCCUCACUUUCUUAAGAGGAUGCUUGGCAGGGCUCUGCUGCUGCUGCUUGCUGGAGCGAUGCUGCUACUUCUGAUACCAUCGUCAGCCAAGAAUGGAUGUGCUUCAGCUGGAUAUAUAGUUGUCUUGGAUUAUAUUUGUAAGGUUAGGUUGUUGUGCCUAUAUGGAUGUAGUACUCCCCUCUAGUCACAAAUAAAUGUCGUUUUUUAUUUUGUUUUAAAGUAAAUAAUUAGACAGAACUUUGAUGGUUUGACCGCAUAAUUGUUUUGCAAAAAAAAAAGUUGAUAAUAUUAUGAAAGCUUUUGUCAUAACAAGUCUAGCUAUAUCAAUUUCAUAUGCCUAAAACAUA